AUGUCGGACCUCAACGAGCCCUUCUAUCUCCGCUACUACUCAGGUCACUCUGGGCGGUUCGGACAUGAAUUUCUAGAAUUUGACUUUCGUACACUCGGCGAUGGCCGCAGCGCUUCGGCUCGUUAUGCCAAUAACUCCAACUACCGAAACGAUUCGCUCAUCCGGAAAGAAAUGUGUGUCAGUUCCCUGCUUGUCGAGGAGAUAAAGCGUAUUAUCAAGGAUAGCGACAUCAUGAAGGAAGAUGAUUCCAAAUGGCCGCAGAAGAACAAAGAUGGGAGACAGGAAUUGGAAAUUAGACUGGGCAACGAACAUAUUUCUUUCGAGACCGCGAAGAUCGGCUCUUUGGUCGACGUCACAGAAUCGGCGGACCCAGAAGGACUGCGCGUCUUUUACUAUCUCGUCCAGGACUUAAAGGCGCUCGUCUUCUCCCUUAUUUCCUUACAUUUCAAGAUCAAACCUAUCUAA